CGGCCCCGCGGCGGCGGCGGCUGCCUGGACGGGACGCGACGCGACGCGCGGUGGGGGGGCGGCCGUCGGUGCGACCGCAGCGGCGGCGGCCCCAUGUUUUCGCCGAGCCAGGAGGAGCUGUGCGCGCUGAACAAGGAGCCCGUCAAGUACGGGGAGCUGGUGGUGCUGGGGUACAAUGGAUCCCUCCCGAAUGGUGACAGAGGACGCAGGAAAAGCAGAUUUGCCCUUUAUAAGCGACCCAAGGCCAAUGGAGUUAGACCCAGCACUGUUCAUGUCAUCUCUACUCCUCAAGCAUCAAAGGCAAUCAGCUCUAAAGGUCAACACAGUAUCUCUUUCACAUUGUCCAGGAAUCAGACAGUUAUAGUGGAAUAUACUCAUGACAAGGACACAGACAUGUUCCAGGUUGGGAGGUCCACAGAAAGCCCCAUAGACUUUGUAGUAACAGAUACUAUUUCUGGAAGCCAAAAUAAUGAUGAAACCCAGAUCACCCAGAGCACCAUAUCCCGCUUUGCCUGCAGGAUAGUUUGUGACAGGAGCCCACCUUACACAGCAAGGAUCUUUGCAGCUGGCUUUGACUCGUCUAAAAACAUAUUUCUUGGUGAAAAAGCGGCAAAGUGGAAAAAUCCCGAUGGCCACAUGGAUGGAUUGACAACCAACGGGGUGCUGGUGAUGCAUCCCAAAGGAGGGUUCACGGAGGAGUCCAAGCCUGGAGUGUGGCGGGAGAUCUCGGUCUGUGGGGAUGUCUACACGCUCCGGGAAACCAGGUCUGCCCAGCAGAGGGGGAAACUGGUAGAAAAUGAGACCAACAUCCUCCAGGACGGCUCCCUGAUCGACCUGUGCGGGGCCACCCUGCUGUGGAGAACGGCGGACGGACUGUUGCACACCCCGACGCAGAAGCACAUCGAGGCCCUGCGGCAGGAGAUCAACGCUGCCAGGCCACAGUGCCCCGUGGGCUUGAACACUCUGGCCUUUCCCAGCAUCAACAGGAAGGAUGUGGUGGAGGAGAAGCAGCCCUGGGCCUACCUCAGCUGUGGCCACGUGCACGGCUACCACAACUGGGGGCACCGCAGCGACACGGAGGCCAACGAGCGCGAGUGCCCCAUGUGCAGAACCGUGGGCCCCUACGUACCGCUCUGGCUGGGCUGCGAGGCCGGUUUCUACGUGGAUGCGGGGCCCCCCACCCACGCCUUCACCCCCUGCGGACACGUGUGCUCGGAGAAGUCUGCCAAGUACUGGUCCCAGAUCCCGCUGCCCCACGGGACUCACGCGUUCCACGCCGCCUGCCCCUUCUGCGCCACGCAGCUCUCCGGGGAGCACAACUGCGUCAAGCUCAUCUUCCAGGGCCCCAUCGACUGAUGCCGCUCGGCGGCGACCACAAUAAAAAGUUUCCUUUAAUGAU